AUGAUGAGUACUAUAAAAAAGGACGUCCGUAAUUACUUUAAACUAGAUUGUUUAAUAGCAAGAUCGUAUGUUAUACUUCGUCAAUUAUUUAAAAAACGUUAUUCUCUAUUCAACAGCGGUCAAAUAUGGGAUGAUUCAUCAACUUGCGGAAAUAAUUAUUUAACUAAUGUUAUUGCAAAAAAUAAGAAAUUUAAUUUGACCAAAGUUCAAACAAUAUCUAUUGCUAAUGGUGAUUCAAAUCAAUGGGAUAUAACGACACUUACUUCUCUUCUUCUCAAUGCUGAUCGUCCGAAAACAUUGAGUCAAACUCAAAUACAAGAACUCGAUCAUGAAGAUUUACUUUUAAAACAAUUAAGAGAUAUUAGAAAUAAGUUAGCUCAUCAUGCAUCUAAAUCUAUAGAUGAUGCUGAAUUUAAUCAACUCUGGACUGAUGUGACAAAUAUUCUAAUAGCAUUUGGUGAAUGUGACUCUGAAUUAGACAAAUUCAAAGAUGAUAGUGUGUUUGAAGUCCGUACUCAAUUGAUCAAUGAAGAAAACGUUAAAGAAGCAUCACGUCUGAAUACACUUGGUACACAAGCUCAUAAAGAUGGAAAAUUAUCCAAUGCUAUUGCAUUAUUUACGAAAGCAACCGUUUUAUCGGGUGUAUUAGAUCAUGAUCGUGCAAUUUUCUAUUCGAAUAUGUCAUCUAGUCGUCUUGCAUUGUAUGAAAAACAGAAGAAUGAUACUGCAACCAUCUUUGAAAUACAUGAUUCAAGAGAUCAACGAUAUCUUGCACUUCAAGAUGCAAAACAGGCUCGCAAUCUUUGGCCAACAUGGUGGAAAGGUCAUUUUCGCGUUGGAAAAGUAUAUACUACUUUAAAUGAACAUGAUAAAGCUGUUAAUUCAUUCGAACGAGCAUUAGCUCUUGAACCUACAAAAGAUGAAAUACGAAAAGCAUUAGAUGAAAGUCGUCAUAUACUUGGUCGACAAAUGCGUUAUGAACACCUUGAUCCAAGAUUUAGUCCACGAACGGUUCAUGAGCAAUUAGAUGCAUUACAACAAACAGUGGGAAUAAAUCCAGAAAAUCUGCGCAUGUUACAUAGCUUAGUAGAGGCAACAGAUUCAGCUGCAGCUGAUGUUCUCAAAGGAUAUAAAUAUGAGCAUGGAGAUAUUGAUGUUAAACAAGAUUAUGAACAAGCUGCUAAAUAUUAUGCGAAAGCCGCAGGUCAAGGGAGUGCAGCAGGGAUGUAUAAUCUAGCUCGAUUAACCAAUCUUGGUUUAGGCGUUAAAAAAGAUCAUGAUAUGGCUCUUAAAUUAUUUGAACAAGCUGCUGCACAACCGUCACAGCAUCCUAAAUUUAAAGAUCGUCCGAACAUUGGUGUAGCUGAAGCUGAAAAUGCUCUAGGGCUUCAUUAUUCUGAAGGUGUUGGAGCUCAUAAGAAUCCAGCAUAUGGUGCUAGUUGGUAUCAGCGUGCUGUCGAACAUGGUAAUGCUGAGGCAGCAAAUAGUCUGGCAUUAAUGUACCAAGUUGGCAAGGGCGUUGAGAAGGAUCUUGAAAAAGCCGAACAAUUGUUUACAUUAUCUGCUAGAAGAGGUGAUCCGAAUGCGAUGAUAAAUUUAGCUGAAUUCCUACUCGAUAAAAAUGACUUCGUUAUGGCAGAAACAUGGUUUAAUCGAGCAUGCGAAUCCGGUAGCGUUCUUGCUCAAAUGAAACGUACUGAUUUUGAGACGACUUUAAGAGAGAAAAAACAACUGAUGGCUAGUUUUCCAUCCAAUAUUGUGCCAAUGGUCAAUGCAAUGAAAAAUGUAUGGGAUUCUCUAAAAACAUCAAAAUCCAUUUAUGAACUGUCUAAAGAACAAUCCAAAUAUGAUUACGAUGUUCUAAGCAAAUAUGCAAAUCAAGGUUCAAGAACUGCUCAAAGAUUAUGCAACGCACUAGAACAUUUCUAUAUAGCAUUGACAAUACUAAUCGAGUCUGACAUGUUGACUGAACAACAAGAAGAUACAUUAGUGCAUGAACUUUCAGAAUGCUAUCGUCUGGAAGAUAUUGUUGCACAAUUUCCUAACUUAAAAACACGUGAAAAAGUUGGAAAAAUCGUUGAUCAAGUACUUCGUCGAUGCAAAGCAAUGCCUGGUUAUCCUGCAUCACAGCUAGAUGAAGAUGCUCGAAUCUGUUACGCUUCACUACACAUGGAUUCACAUGAAUUAAUCGACGAAUUUCUCAAUUCAUGCAAGCAAAAAUAUCCUAAGUCAAUCUAUUUUUUUGAACUUAGCACUUCAAUCAAUGGUUGGUUAGAACGGUAUGACGCUGUCGUGUACAAUGCUAAUGCUGGUCUAGAACUAGAUCCAACGAAUAGCGAGUUAUUAAUUGAUAAAGCCGUCGCGUGGCGUCAAUUGGAGAAUCAUAACAAAGAAGCUGUUGAAACAUACAAAUCGUUUUUGGCCGUUGCUCCUAAGGAUCAUCGCAAAGUACCAGAUGCAUACUAUUCGAUGGCAAUGUGUUAUCUUGCACUUCAAACUCAUGAUGGUCUAGACGUCUCCAAGAAAAUGUAUGAACAAGGUAAAGAGGCAGAAAAAUUACAACUACCAUGUUUCUUACCGUAUGAAUCCAGCAGUAGAAAGCUUCUUGAAUUUCUGAAUGAUGAUAAUAUUCUGAGUCUAAUAAAGACAAAAGCAACACCAGAAGCAGUGGCUUCUGUUGUUAAUCACAAGGCACGUCUUACUGAUCCACAUCGAAUAGAAGUCAUCAAACUUCAUCGUAAAUGCGAAGCAGACAUCAUUGAACACACUAAGAAUCCCGGUAUUUGUAUUCCGGUUCAACAUCACGAACCUAGAUUUCGACAACAAACAGCCAAGUCAUUAAUUGGCUUGAAAGAAAUUUCAUUACGAGAAAUUAAUCCUACAAAAGAUCAUGUUUAUCAAGGAUAUGUUCUUUCGGUAAGUGACAGCAGACUUUCAUUAUAG